AUGAACGGAACACAACACGACAAUCCUAGCGCGGUUCACAAGCCGUCGCCUUUAGGUCCGGGUGGUUCAAACGGGAACUCUGCCGGCACCGCCGCAGCAGCCGCGAUGGCUAAGAAGAGGAAAAAGGAUGCGCUGAAGCCUAUCAUCACCACCGAGGCACCAUCAGACGAGCUCGGGUUCGGCAAGGCGCUGCGCUUCACUGAGAGCGUAGAUGAGAGAGAUGAGGAUAUGGCCCUGCUCUUUCCCUCUGGCUGGAAUGAUGUUGGCGACUUUCAAGUGCGGGCUUCGCGCUCUAAACAGCUGUCCCACCAACUUGGCGCCGCGAUGAACCUCUCUCCGACCUCCGUCUCCUCCGCAGAAGAUGCCACCGAAAAUACAGCCGAUGAAGAAGAUUCCCAAGAUUAUUGCAAGGGAGGGUACCACCCUGUAACCGUCGGCGAGACUUUCAAGGACGGUAAAUAUACCGUCGUGCGAAAAUUGGGUUGGGGACACUUUUCUACCGUGUGGCUGUCAAGAGAUAACUCUACGGGCAAGCACGUUGCCCUCAAGGUUGUGAGGUCUGCCGCUCACUACACCGAGACUGCUAUCGAUGAGAUCAAGCUUUUGAGCAAAAUUGUUCAGGCCAAUCCAAACCACCCCGGCCGCAAGCACGUCGUCAGCUUGCUAGACUCGUUUGAGCAUACCGGUCCCAAUGGGACUCAUGUGUGUAUGGUUUUCGAAGUCCUAGGUGAGAACCUACUCGGGCUUAUCAAAAAAUGGAACCACCGAGGCAUCCCUAUGCCUCUAGUCAAGCAGAUUACCAAGCAGGUUCUGCUGGGCCUCGACUACUUGCACAGAGAAUGCGGCAUCAUUCAUACCGACCUCAAACCGGAAAACGUGCUUAUCGAGAUCGGCGAUGUUGAGCAAAUUGUGAAAAGGGUUGUUAAGAAUGACUCUAGCGCUGAGAAGGAGAACAACAGAAAUGGACGCCGCCGUAGGCGGACACUUAUCACGGGCACGAAUAACGCAUCCUCGACCGGUGAGAAGCGAAAAGCGGAUGAGACUCUCAACUUCGACAUAAUCAGUGUCAAGAUUGCAGAUCUAGGCAAUGCUUGCUGGGUAAAUCACCAUUUUACAAAUGAUAUUCAGACCCGACAGUACCGAUCCCCAGAGGUAAUUCUGGGCGCUAAAUGGGGUGCUAGCACUGACGUUUGGAGUAUGGCGGCGAUGAAAUAUCAUUUUCGCGAGGACGAGGCGAAGAGAAUCGCCGACUUUCUCACACCCAUGCUUGAGCUGGUGCCAGACAAACGCGCUAAUGCUGGGGGUAUGGCCGGCCACUCAUGGCUUGAUGACACUCCUGGCAUGCGUGGUGUCAAGGUUGAGGGGCUUGGGGUUGGUACGAAAGGAGAGGGUAUUGCGGGGUGGUCUUCCGAGUCGCGGUCGCGGUAA